AUGAGUAAAAGCGAUCAGGUAUGCCUUUUCAAUAUUUCCUUCAAGUUCAAGGAAACCCUAAAUUUAUUUAUAGAUUGUAUGCUCUUCGGUUGUCAUGAAAUGCAUGAGGCAGAAAAGCUUUCCCUAAGAUCUUACUGGUCACACAGAGAAUAUUGCUCAAUUCACGUCUAGGCUGUCUCGGAUAAGUGCAAUUUGCUCAUUCAUUUCUGUGCACUUAGGCUAUCCCUUGGCAUUUUUAAGGAGUAUGAUUCUGAGCUUUUUACUAGGUUUUAAACAAAAAAGGCCAUCUAUUGCGCUUACUCUUCGUAACCCCGUGAGUGAAUAGAAUAGCUCAUAUCUUUCUAAACCCAUUGAUAGAAGGGGCCUAACAGUUUUCCUAACAAGGAUCCUCUAUUUGGAUAUCCUUCCAUUGUUUCAUGCUAAGUUGCCGUUCAUUGACGAGGGGCGAAGGCUGUCGUCCAUUUUUCCCACAUUGUUUUUACUGGUAAUCUUGCGGUAAAUCCCUUUUGUUAUCCUGGGAAUUUAUCGUCGUAGUUUAGAACCCUACGAAGUUUUCACCUGAUUGCUCACUAUCUACUUGUUAGUUAUAGGUGUCCUAUAGAAAUUAUUCACCGUUUUCAGAAAGCAGCUAUAUAAUAGAUUAUAUGAAAACUUUUAGGAAAGAGUCUGUACGUCUUUGAAGACCUGGGCUUGUCAGGGACACUUUUCUGCUAAAGAUUUUUUCUUUGCAAGACGAUUGUCAUGCGGGUGAAGCUUGUGAGAGUACUAAGCCUUUGAUGAAACUCUGGACCAAGAACUUUUCUACACUUCUCCCAGUUUCUUCUCGAACAAGUUGUGUCAUACAUCGAACCUGGGCUGCGUAUACAAUACUUUUAGCGGGACAAAGCUGUUUCUCGCAUGGGUUUUUUUUAUUCGGUAUCCGUGCUCAACAGUCAGCAAAGGAAAUAUUUCAUGUGAAACCAUAUUCCUCCCCCCCUCCCCCCCCGGCCCUCAAUUACAAUCAUGUCUUCUUAUAUGUCGGAGAAAAUGGAUUCCUCUGUCAGGAUCAAUGCAUUACUUUUCAUUUGAUGGGUAUUCUACAUGUUGUGUAUCAUAUUUGAUUCAUGUCUCACAUUUUGAGGCAAGCUAAGCUUAUUUUUUAUACUCCAAUAUUGGCGUUUAAUCAGUCUCAUUAAUUAAUUUGAUUUUUAUUUUGUUUUUUGUUCAGCUCUUCAUCUUUGGUUCCUUUUCGGAAGAUGAAACCAAAUUAUUUCAAAAGCAGGCCGUUGAAAAAGUUGUAUUGCCUCCAGAAAUGACUUAUUUGCAAUUUGGUUCUUUGGAUGUGGCAUCCAUAUCAAUAUCAAAGGGUUUGAAUGCUGAGAAAAAAAGGCUCGAGAUUCCUCUGAGCUCAAGUGUGCAUGCAUCAAAGGAGGUCGUGGAAAAGAAAAUAUAUGAGAAUGGAAACGCAUCAACGAAUCAUGACCUAAAGAUGACUUCAAGUGUUCGGUCAAAUGGAAGUGCUGGUUAUGCUCCUCAAUUAGGAGGGUCAACUGGGGAGGAACGGAUUGUUGAAACUUCGAAAACUGAUGAAAAUAAAUUUGAUCAUAAAGAGUUUGGAAGAUCCGGUAUGCAUCAUAUCAAUCACCAUAAAUCGGAAGAUGCAGAAGCAUCAACCCUAGAAAGAAAAAUACUUGACAGUGAAAUUUCUGUUGAAUCAACUACGGUUUCAACUUCUGGGGUGAAUACUAUCGAAAGAUCAAAUGGGGGACCAGAGUCAAAAGAUGUUCUGCCGCGUGGCUUAAUUAACUCCGGAAAUCUGUGCUUUCUUAAUGCAACAUUGCAGGCUCUUCUCUCCUGCACACCGUUUGUUCGGCUUCUUCAGGACCUAAGAGCUCGUACCAUUCCAAAGGUUCAGACUAUUUGAAUUUCUGCUGGAAUCACUGUUUUUAUCACUUUGUUUAUUGGCAUCUUAUGGGUUUAUGUUUCUCUUUUAGAUUGGUUAUCCUACUCUCAAUGCAUUUGUCGAAUUCAUCACGGACUUCGACUUACCUGAUGUUUCAAGCCCAAAGAAGCAUGAAGCUAGUGUUGUAAGGACUGGACCGUCUUUUAGUCCUAUAAUGUUUGAUGGUGUUUUGAAGAAUUUUACCCCUGAUCUUCCUGCCUACAACAGCAGCGUCAGAGGGAGGCCAAGGUUUGUUUAUUUUUUUUUAAUUUAUUAUCCCUUUUUAGGGCUUGACAUUAAGGCAUUCUUCAGGAAGAAAGUUGAAUGUUGACUGACAGAGGGAGGCCAAGGCAUUUUUAAUUUAUCGUUUUUCUGUAGAAUGUUGACUGACAUGUAUACUCUCUGGCAAUCGUUUUCGUUUCGAGGCAAUGACCUGGCUAUGUAGAUAAUUCGAUUUAAUUUGAAAAUUGUAGGGAGAGUAACACUGAUAAAUAUAAAUUGCUUGGUAGAGGCUGCUAGAAGAAAGAAAGUUAAAACGGCUCGUGAAGUAAAGAUAAUAUUGGCAGCAAGAGUGUUAAGCCUUCUGCUUUUUCUGAAUGUGUAUGGUAGAUAUUAGCUGCUUGAUUGCUUCUGCUUAAUGGAAGUUUAUUAUCAGCUUUUUAAUCCAUUUUUUUGGCCUAGUUAAUUUCAUAAGUCUUAAAUUUGUUUGCAUCAUCCUGGGAUCCUUUUGUGUCAAAUUUUCUUUCUGAUCUGAAGGUGUUGAGUUAUUUCAAACACAUAAAGGGAUGAAUCACGAAUGGCAAGUGUUGUAAAUGGACUCAGUGGGUACCAAUGUGGCCUUCUGAGCCCUAAGAACCGGCUGUACUUGUUUACUACGAUGAUAAGGGCACGCCAUGUGUGCCAUUGUUUACUGGGAUUCUUGAGUCCUUGCCUGUUUUCUGUUUAUGCCCAACUCCACUGGGUCUUUAAGACUAGAAAAAUCCGUUCUUGCUAUUCGGAUUCAUUCAUGUAGUUGAUUGAUUUGUCACUAAUUCAUUCUCGCUAUUCGCAUUCAGCUGGGUGGGUUCCAACCUUUUAUACAUGUCUAUAUUUAUCCUCUGAAGAAUGUCACAUUCUGCAGGCAAGAAGAUGCACAGGAAUUUCUAAGUUUUAUCAUGGAUCGGAUGCAUGAUGAGCUCCUCAAACUGAAAGGCCUCUUAUCUAAUUAUGGUGGGUCUGAAUUUUCUCUGGUCUCGUCGGCAGAAGAUGACGGUUGGGAGACUGUUGGUCCGAAAAAUAAGUCUGCCAUUACUAGAACUCAGAGUUUCUUGCCAUCAGAAUUGAGUGAUAUUUUUGGGGGACAAACCAGGAGUGUUGUGAAGUCAAGAGGUACUCUACUCUCUUCGUUUAACCUUGUUUCUCUUUGAUGAGAACAUGACCCUAUCUUAUCUCCCUUCCAUUUUUAGUAAAUUCUUGGUAUGAUAGAUAACUAGAAAAUAAAUUUAUUUAAUCAGUUAGAAAAAAAAAAUCAAGAGACCACCCUGACCUAGAAUAAAUAACGCCACCUGUGUUACUUUUUGGGGUUAUAUAUCCGUUGCAUGAGACGGAUGUAUGUGGGUGACAUGUGGUAUGUCGCUUUCUAUUGGCAGGUAACAAGGCAUCAGCUACAGUGGAACCUUUCCUCUUGCUCCACCUUGAUAUUUUCCCUGAUUCUGUCCGCAACAUUGAAGAUGCACUUCACCUCUUUUCAGCACCAGAAACCCUAGAAGGCUACAAGACAUUGGGUGGAAAGGUAUCCCGCUGCACCAUAUAAUCACACCAGAUAUAACUUGUUGCAGUGCCUGAAAACCCUUAAACCCUAAACCCUAGUUCUAUCAUUUUCUAUGUUGCGCAGGCUGGUGAGGUCAGUGCAAGUAAAUCCGUGAAAAUACACACUCUUUCCAAGGUAUUGAUACUGCAUCUAAUGAGAUUCAGCUAUGGAACCAGAGGAAGCACCAAGCUACACAAGCCCGUUCACUUCUUCCCAGAACUCGUCCUCCGCCGCGAGCUGCUCGUUUCUCCCUCCACAGAGGUUUACUAUUUCUAUCUUUUCUCUGGUUUAUUUCAGCUUGACAUCCAACAAAAAAAUUAGUGUUCAGAAAGCACCUUCAUUCCAUUACAUGCCAAAUUCAGUAAAAAUCUCGUAUUUUUCUCUUGGCGCCCGCAUGAAAAAGUCAAAUCUUUGAACGUUUGCUCCUGCUAUUUUCCCUGAACAGCGUAGCAUAAUGUGGAUUCAGUGUGGUCAACCCUCCCUCAUUUGAUUAUAUACCGACUUGGGUCUCCCAGCUGAUGCCCACAUAAUUCAUUUAUUUUUAAAAUCCUAAACAUUGCACCUACUAUUUGGAUCAAGUUUCCUCCUGGUUCUAAUUGGGGAGCUCUCUCUUAUGUACGGUCAACGCAGGGUCGGAGGUACGAGCUUGUGGCCACUAUAACCCACCAUGGAAGGGAGCCCUCAAGGGGGCACUACACUGCAGAUGCCAAGUGCUCCAGUGGCCGGUGGCUCCGAUAUGAUGAUGCCUCUGUCACAUGCGUUGACCUGAACAAGGUCCUACACGACCAGGCGUACAUCCUCUUCUACAAGCAAGUGUAG